GUAUGACAUGAUACCUCACGAAUUGACUGAUUACAACACCAGAUAUACCUAGUAGUGGUAGUGGGGUUGUGUAUGGUCAUUAAGUGCUAUUGAGUUGUGUGGACUUGUGUAGACAGACACGGGGUAAAGCAUCUGACGACGUCCACACAUAAUUCCGCCCGCUGCAAUUGUAUUUGAAUUUCCGUGUUUGAUCUACGAUACAGAGUCCAAUAUAAAGACAAUCGCUUACGUACAGCACAUAGUAUACGAUUGACAUCUGUGUGCAGGCACGCACAAACCGACAAUCUCACCGUUGAUGCAGCCAUGAGGCUGAUCAUGCUGGUGACGUUUCUGGUUGUAUAUGUUUGCUUUGGCAGCGCAGUGCUAGCGCAGGAUAAUAUUCCAAAAUACAAAAGUAAUGACAGUCCAGAAUUUGAUACCAAUAUAGAUGUACAACACGAUGAGAAUACUGAUCGCGUAGAUGACAGAAGGUAUGUGCGUAGGCAAGCACAUGCGUCCACAGCAGAUGCCCCUACAGACGUUUUAGAUUCUAGUAGCACCUUGAAUAACACUCUGGGCUUGAAUGAUACGUUAGGCACUAAUAGUACGUUGAACAGUACUCCUAUUCUUAAUGAAACACUGGAAACGAAUGGCACAUUACCAGCGAAUAGUAGCGCAGCCAUCAAUAUCACUCUACAGUCCAAUACCGAACUAGUAGCAAGUAGCAAUGCAGCAAUAUCAUCUUCUGUAGCUGUUUCACUUGCUAUAUCAACAACGGCAACAACAUUUGAAACGACAACGUUAGUAUCGUCAGCAACAGUAAAUACAACAUCAACGUCGUCUGCAAACGUUAAUUCAACAGCAACACAAAGUGUGGCCGUUAAGGCGGCCACGGUUAACACCCUUACGGCACCGACGAACAGUUUGGCAACAACUGUAUUACCACAUAUACUUGAUGAAACUACCACCGCAACACCAGCCUUUACACAGCCUGCUGCCGUUAUAUCAGAGACAACUGAAGCCGUGCCUUUAGUGCCUGUAGUUGUACCAACAACCUUUGAGGAGCGGACGAUCUAUUACGGAGAUUUGCUAACCACGGUAAAUUAUUUUGAAGUGGCCAAUUACACAUCCCAUUUUGAGUUGCUCAGCGUGCAGAACUACGACGAUACAACACCCGUAUUAGAGCUCAUGGGUGCGGUGCUAGCAGUCCCGGCUGGCUCGCCCGACUAUGUGACCCCUAUGCAAGUCUACGCGGAUGCCUGUGGAGCGUUCUGCACUAACCAUACGGGUGGGUGCAAUGGUUUUGGGAUUCGAUUCGUCGAGCAAUCACAAGACAACGUGUGUGUCUUGCUCAAUUACACGCUCCUGUAUGCUAUGGAAGGCUUCUCGUGCGACGCUCUCUGUCCCUCAGGGAACGGUAUCAUGAUGAACAUCUUCUAUCCCAAUCUGCCCGCAUGCACGUCUUCCGAUUUCUUCGGCUGGCAGAAUGCCGGGGAACUCCAAACCAAUCUUCUAGACCACGGAUGCAAUCCCUAUCUAGCAAUUGGUGAAAAAUGCUCGUCCAUAUUCGCGUCCUGGGUGCAGGUGCCGGGUAUUGAUCUAACGGGCUGUCCAGUGAACUCAACUUGUGCCGAUGGGCGCAUACCCUAUGCGAAGUCGUGCGAGACGGACGAUAGUCUCGAGGAUUACAUUAAUGCGGCGAUCUAUCAAGAAGAGCUGCGACAGAACUUCAGCACUGACUAUGCGAACGGUUUGUACGACCAAAUGCUUGGUAUGGGAGAGUGGACGGGUAAAGUUAUCCCGCCAGUAGGCUAUAGUAUGCCGCUACCGGAUACAUUGCUGUCUUUAACCCAACAACAGUACGACUUGACGUGGCCGUUGCCGAGCGUUCCGGGCGAGAAUGCGAUUGAUAAUAUCAACGACUACUCACAAGCGUGCGCCUUGCAAUGCAGUGCGAAUACUACGUGCAUAGGGUUUACGGUUGUAUAUAUUCCCAACGAUCCACGCAAUCAGUGCCGUUUUGUGCCCAACGAUGCCGUGCCGCCGGGAAAAAGCUGGGAAUUCACGGCCCUGAGAUGCAGCACUAGCGACCCCUGCCCGAGUGGGAACAACAUACCCAUGCGACUGUACAUACCGGAUUCGUAUAGUCACUGUGGUGAGGAUAUGUUCCUGGGCUACGACUUGGGUCUGUACAAUCAGAUCAAGAACUACAACUGCCACAAUCAGCUGGUAAUAGGUGCUGACUGUGGAAUAGAUGGACCGCAGACAGAUGUGACCAACUACAAUGCGGGGUGCAAGGACAGGAUGAAGUGUACGAACUACUCGCCAUACUACAAGUGCCAGCUAGAACUCUACAACCCGUUCAACGACGCCGCGUCCAUCAGUAACUUAGUGGGCGACAUUGUGGUGCCAAAUAAGAAAGUCUCGUUUCUGGCCACGUUUCCUCUGACGAGAGAAGGCACGGUAGUCACUGUGGGAGCCCAGGCGGACUCGACUGUAUACUCGAACUACGGAGACUGUGCGAGAGCGUGUGCCGCCGCACCUCCCUGUGAGAUAUUCCAACUGACCGUGGCAACGAGACAGUGUGACCUGACACCCUACACAUAUGAUGAGUAUAUAGAACUACCACCAGGCAACGGGACAGGCACCUUAGAGGUCCUGACGGGGCAGCUCUAUCCACUCUUCAACCCUGUUGGCAUCGCAACCGCAGUCGAUGAUUAGACCAGCCUCGUAUGAACUUUACGCCUGAUUAAGUGAUGACCCGACACCAGUAUAGGCCACAUGCGCGCCUGUGUGUAUAGUAUAUACCCGCUUGCACUAGCAUACGCACGCUUGUAUCAGUUGUAAAUAGUUUACAACUUGGGUAAGUGCGGCUACGAGCAACAAGUAGAGCGAACAGCGUCGGUGAAAGGGUUGGGGAGUUACAGUGUGCCACAGCAAUGCCCUAGAGACCUUAUAAUUGAUGUGAAUCUAAGCUCGUGCAGGGGUAUGCAUACUCUCAACGCAUGGAUACGUACAGAACUACACAGCACCUGGGUGGAUGUUUGGGCCCGUCCUUGUAUGUACACGCUCCUCAUAUACACACGCGUGCAAAACAACAAAACAUAUGCGGAUAUAUUGGCACUCCCGCUCUAGGUCUAUGCUCUGCAUACUCUAGAAUGCAUGGGAAAUGUCUGGGUAUUUUCACUGAUGCGACAGAUUCAUCAAACCAACAUCGCAAUAAUACGAUGAAGCUGCAUGGUGUUUUACGUACGGACACCAAUGGUGCUCGCAAUGCCCGAAUUGUACACACACGCCACCAGGCCCAGACUCCAAGUUUACCAGCAGCGACGUCUCCUGUGACUGUUAGUAGACGGAGCACCGUAAGGACUAGUAAAUGGUAACGCCGAUAGAGCGUCACGAGAAACACUGCAGACUACGAUGACUCGAGCGGAUGGGGGUCGGAAGUUGGAGGUAUAUACUGAUCUGGAACAAAUCAAAUUCAAUAAUUUCUAUCGCGUUCGUGAUACCGAGGGCAAUCGAUUGACGAAUUUGAAGGGACACCACUGGUUCUGUGACAGGUGAAUAGCGUAUCCUUAGAUAUACAUCCGGAAGAAGGCAGGAGAAGUAUAUUUCAGCCAGAGGUUUGUUUUGUGAUUUGAACAUGUCAACUUGCUUGAUCACUUUCUAAGCUAUACACCAGCUUCACAAGUUGGUGUGGCGAGAGAAUGCAGCGACCGAGAAUGUUGCUAGGUUCGGGGCCUGAAGGAGGUGGUAAAAUAUGCAAGGCAUGAAAAGUAUCUGAAUGCCUGUGGCAAAAGACGGGUGGCUUGCCGGUGCUAGUGCCAGAAUUUUGACUUUUUAAAUAUCACAUACGCGUACAUCGCGUGUGAAUGGAAGUACGGAUUGGAAAUUAAAGUCGAUUCUACUUUUAGUUCUACAAAUACUGCGACUAGUCAACAAAGAAUGAAAGAAAAUUUAGGUAACAUCGUAUCUGCUGGUCAUAGUCUUGAUCAUCGAAUGAGAGUCGAACUUUAAUAGCAUAAUGACGAGCGUAGUGGGGACUUGCCGCUUACCGCUGGUCUCAAUGUAAUAAGUACAACUCGAAACUGUAUAUUUCGAUACAACGUACGAACAAGUUUGUUUUACGAACAAGUUUGUUUGCUGCUGCUGAACUCACUACAAAGACAAACUACUAGUGAGAUGUGUUCAGAAUAGCCUAGAACAGAUCAGUACUACUUCAUAGUGAUACACGCAGCGACGAUGGUCUGUUGUGACAGUGAGCCAAUUCUCUCGUAUGUUGCGCAUCCGCGCUCCUGUCCGAUCGAAUCUAGCCGUAUAUACACCCCUGCAACUUGCAUUGCUGAAGUGAAGUGUUAAAGUCACUGUGCCGGGUCUUGUGCUAUUCCUAACAUAGAACAACACGUCAAAUGCAACACUUAAACAACACUACUCGCUUAUAAGACAGUGUCAUACCACUGUAAGCUGUAUCUGACAUUGGAGUAGCACUUAACAUAGCAAAUCCACGCUGGUAAAAAUAUAUACACAGG